GCCAAAUAUAGAUGUCUUCUUAUUCAAAACUGGUUGGAUACAUAUGAAUUUGCACAUAACAAUCAAACUGAGGUAGAAGCAGUUAAUAUAAAAGAAGCAAUUGAAUAUUGUGUAUCAGCAUGGGAUAAAGUAUCAUAUGAGACAAUUAAAAACUGUUGGCAUAAAACAGGAAUACUUCCAGUUGAAUUAGAUCAUAAUGACCUACCUCAAGAAGAUACUUCAUUAUAUAAUGAAUAUCUGAAUGAUGAGAACGAAGUUGAUUAUCUUAUUGAACAACUUUCAAUUAAUACUAAUGAUCUUUUAUCUGCCUUAGAAUAUAUAAAAAUUGAUAAUGACCUAUCUACAACCGAAAUACCUUUAAACCAAGAAAUUUUAGCCGCUCUUCAAGAAGAUGAUGAUGAUGAUACAAGCGAGCCCUUAAUUCAAAUUCUACUUAAAACAGUAUUGGAAAGUUUGGAGAAUAUAAAGCUGUUAUUGUUGAAUCUACCAGAAGCCUUACAUAUUGAAAAUGAUAAUUCAAAG